AUGUGGAACCUCUGGAGAGAACCGUACCAGGACUUGGAGGCACAGGGCAUGUACAAGCUCAGACAGAGCCAGUACGUGAAAACCCUCACACACGACGUGAUCAUCAAGCCGAUUCAUUCGCACAACGACGAGUGGAGAAGACAUCCGUUGGUGGACGCUCUGAAAGCGGGCGCGAAUUCCGUGGAAGCCGACUGUUUCUACUUCCCAGAAGACCCGGAGACCAUAUACGUGGGCCACAACACUGUGUUUCUCAAGAAGGAGCGGAACAUCGACUCGCUAUAUUUGGAUCACCUGUACAAUAUGCUAGAGGAAGUAAAUGUCAAUAACGACACUUCUCGCAAAAAUGGCAUUUUCUAUACGUCGCCGGAAACCACCACGUAUUUCUACAUUGACGUCAAGAACAACGGAGUACAGCUCUUGGAAGUGCUGGAGAAGAAGCUGGAGCGGUUCCUCGCCAAGGGAUAUCUCACCACCUACGACGCAGAAGAGGACGAGUUCCGCGAAGGGCCUCUCACCGUCAUUGUCACGGGAGACUACCCUUACGACCACAUUAGUUCGCAGAAGCUCCUUUACACUUUUAUCGAUGCGCCGCUGAAAGAUCUUGUGGACCCAAAAAAGGCCAGCCUCUAUCCGGCCAACAAAAUCUCGAUAUUCUCUUCCGCCUCGCUGUCUGAGCUGACAGGCUCCCACAAGGCAUUGAGCUUGUUUGACGGGCUGUCUGCCCACCAGCUUGCCGACCUUGAGAAAUACAUCUCUGCUGCCCACAAGCUUGGGCUCAAGACGCGGAUCUGGGACACGCCAAAGUUCACAAAGUCGAUCAAACACACCGUCUGGAAACAGAUCAUCGCGCUGGGGUCCGACUACCUGAACGCCGAUGAGCUUAAGGAAGCCAUCAGCAUAUGA